UCAUGGAAGUACACAUCUAGAAAGAACUGCCAGUGAACAUAGUUGUGAAUUCACCUUCUAGAGAAUGUGGUUUCCCCUCUCUGCAGUCUACUCAAUUUCCGACCAUGACAAAAAAUGUGUCAUCAUCCCUAAACAUGAGACCAGUGGAACAUAGGGCAAGUCAAAGAGAGACAGACAUUCUCUCAGGGGUCUGUAAUGGAACCUCAGCAUCAGACAGGAAGGAAUGAACAAGGUGAACAGAGAAAGUAGUGGGACCACGUGUGAUGUGACUCACUGAUGAAUAGCGUCUGCUACCAAUGACUGGAUCAGAAAUAGAAGUAGCCAGGUUCUGGACCCUGUUGAGCCUUCCUGGGCCUCAUCCAGGGGAGAAGGCGGCGUGGCCAAUGGGCCUCACCCUUGACCACAGACAUACGGAUGAAGAACCCAGACAUUGGUAUAAGCAAUGUACAAUGAGACAAAUAAUGAGCAAAGUUAUCAUUCUGGCUGAUCUUCUCUGGUUAGUCAGACAUUAUUAACAAUCACACAGACUAUUCCAUUCUAGUGGAUGGUGAGACUGUAUUCACCACUGGAGGGUAAGGUGUGUCCAGUUGUGUGUGUUUCCCUGGGUCCUCUGGGUGAUAGCGGGAUGCUGCGGAGGGGUCUGCUGGCCUGGGUGUCCCGUGUGGGCGUUCUGCUGGUCCUAGUGUGCUGCUCUCUGUCCCUCCUCUACGUUAUGACCUGCAGCCCCCACUCCGAGGACAACCUGGUGAGCCAUGCCCUGCCACGCCCCGGGAUGGGGGUUGGGGUAGGAGGGGCAGCAGGGGGCACGGGGGCGGCUCAGAGCGGACCCACUGGGCGGAAUGGAUACCAAGCCAUGCUUGCAGAGCGCGAGGAGCAACACAAGUUCCACAUCACUAGUUUAAAGAAACAAAUCGCCCAGCUGAAGGAGGCGCUACAGGAGCGCAGCGAGCAGCUGAAAGGAGUUCAAGACUCCAUGGAGAGGGGGACAGGGGGAGGCCGGGGUGGCCAGUCCCCAGGAGGAGGUAUCCUUGGGGAGGGAGGACAAGGGCCAGGGGCCGACAGGAGCCACGCUGACCUUCAGGAGUUCCUCCACAGUCAGCUGGGCCGGGCGGAGGUCCACCAGGGGACUAGACUACCCAGUGAGUACGCCAUGGUGCCCUUCGAGAGCUUCACCCUGCAGAGGGUGUACCAGCUGGAGAUGGGCCUGACAAGGCACCCUGAGGAGAAGCCUGUGAGGAAGGACCGGAGGGAUGAGCUGAGUGAAGCGCUAGAGACAGCCCUGCAGAGUCUCAACACACCCCGCAAUGGAGCAGGCAAGGGCUACACCACCAAGGUCUACUCAGCAUCAGACUUCAUAGAAGGUAUCACUCGGACGGAGAAGGACAAAGGCACUGUGUAUGAGCUCACCUUCAAAGGUGACCAGAGCCGUGAGUUCAGGAAGCUGGUUCUGUUCCGUCCCUUUGGGCCGCUGAUGAAGGUGAAGAACGAGAGGGUGGACACAGCUAACGUCCGCAUCAAUAUCAUAGUGCCCCUCUCCCAACGAGCCGACAAGUUCAGACACUUUAUGCACAACUUCAGAGAGGUGUGUGUGCGGCAGGACGGGCGUAUCCACCUAACUGUGGUGUACUUUGGGAAGGACCAAAUUAAUGAAGUCAGGAGCACGCUGGAGAACACAUCUAGGGAGAUCAACUUUAAGAACUUCACUCUGCUCCAGCUGAAUGAGGAGUUCUCCCGGGGGCGUGGCCUGGAUGUGGGUGCCAGGGCGUGGAAAGGAGGGAACGUUCUCCUUUUCUUCUGUGAUGUCGACAUCUACUUCACCGCUGACUUCCUCAACACCUGCCGACUCAACACUCAACCUGGUAAAAAGGUGUUCUAUCCUGUUCUGUUCAGCCAGUACAACCCAACCCUGAUUUACGGUAACCACGACUACAUCCCUCCAGUGGAGCAGCAACUGGUCAUUAAAAAGGAUACAGGAUUCUGGAGAGACUUUGGCUUCGGAAUGACAUGCCAAUACCGAUCAGAUUUCAUCAACAUAGGUGGUUUCGACGUGGACAUCAAAGGCUGGGGCGGCGAGGACGUGCACCUUUACAGGAAAUACCUUCACAGCAACCUGCUGGUGGUGCGGUCCCCAUCUAGGGGCCUCUUCCACCUGUGGCAUGAGAAGCGCUGCGCGGACGAGCUGCCCCCGGAACAGUACAGGAUGUGCAUGCAGUCCAAGGCCAUGAACGAGGCCUCGCACGGCCAGCUGGGCAUGCUCUUCUUCCGACACGAGAUCGAGGCACACCUGCACAAGCAGAAACCCCAGAGGCUAAACCCUGCCAAGAAGACAUGAUGAAGACAUGAUGAGGGAGUCACACAGGACUCUAGACUACAGGAGGAGGGCAUGACAGUAUGGCAGUCAGAGACAGUGAGGGGGAAACAACAACAGAACAGAGAUCUAUUGUUGUGAACUGAUGACAACAAUACUGACUCACUACAGAGGAAAAACACUCGAUUUUAUCCUCCGAUGGCAAAAUGGAUAUAUAAAACACAGCUAAGGCACCUGUCGUAUCUUGAAGAUGUGAGAGCACUGUAAAAACAACGGUGAGAGUCAAAAGGAGCAGCAGAAAGACUUGACUGCUCCGCUGUAUUUUGUUUAAAAUCAUGUGCCCCGUGUUGACUGACUGACAGCUGGUUUUGAGAAUCAUGAUGUGGCAUCUGCUGGUCUUUCUUGAAGGCUAGAUAAAGAGUAGAACUAGAUUUUUCUGUAGCCUAUUAGAGACACCUUGUGGACUGGAAGAGAACAGCAUGACUGAAUGGAAUGAGGAUACUCUUAAUCUGAAGUCAUGUCAGCUGGUUACGCGACUCUCCUCAGAACUGAUGAUCAAUCAAUACAUUAAAACAGGCAUUACUGAGGGUUAUGUAGAGAGACAAUGGCAACAAUGGAGGUACAUGGAAGCUAUUAGAUAUUCAUUAUUUCUCAAGCUCCACAGAAUCAAUAUACAGAUGUACUAACCUAAUUUGAUCACUCCUUUGUUGCUGAUAAUUUUCCUGCACUGCAGCAAAUGCAUAUGGGCUUUGUGAGUUACAUAAAUUCACAGAAAACCCCAACUCUAGCCUGUUUACACCUGGUGCUAACAUGGGUCCUUUGUGCACAAUCAGAAUGUGGACAAAAUCAGGACAAAUUACGCAAGUUAGAACCAGGUAUAAACGAGGUUAAUACACGGUUAUAUUAACAGUAUUGCACUUUUCAUGUAGCCUACUUUUGGCCAGUUGAUAGCCAAACCACCGAUCAAGCAACAUUGUGGACUGCUGCAGGAUUAUUUUGCUGUGACAACACAGAUCAAAUUAAGAUCCUACAUCUAUAGUGUACUGCUUUUUCACGAGUUUAACUAAUCCUACAAGUGCUUUUAUGUGCUUUUUUAUCAUCAACAAACAAAAGAGUGUAGUUUGAAGGGUCAAAAUAAAUAUCGAGAAUUUUUUGGGCAGUAUUAUGGUGUGCUGUUUGAGCACGCAGCUAUGAGGGAGUCACGUUUGUCGUAAGAAUAUUCGGACCAAGGUGCAGCGUGAUAUGGUUUCCACAUGUUUAUUAACUGAAACACACAAAAACAAUGAAGAAUGAACGAAACGUGAAGACAAUGGCGUGCUCACAGGCAACUACACAUAAACAAGAUCCCACAAACACAGGUGGGAAAAAUAACUACUUAAAUAUGAUCCCCAAUUAGAGACAACGAUUACCAGCUGCCUCUAAUUGGGAAUCAUACAAAACACCAACAUAGAAAAAUAAACUAGAACACAACAUGGACAUAGGUAUACUAGAUCACCCCCUAGUCACGCCCUGACCUACUAAACCAUAGAGAAACUAUGGCACUCUAUGGUCAGGGCGUGACAGAGGUAUAGGGAACAUGUUAUGGUCCUGAGAGAAAAUAUGGAUACAGUGUCCAACAUAUUUCUCAAUGUUGUUGAUUUGAUUUUAUUAGGAUCUCUUUUAGUCCCCAUUUGGACUAAUCUUCCAAGAGUCCUUAACAUUAAAUUAUAUUAAGAGAUAAAACAAAGACUAUCUACAAUAGUCAAAUUGUUUUGUGUAUGGUAUAACUGGGCAAAUAAUAUAUUAUAAUAGAUAGACUACACUUUGAUUCCAUAAUUAAGUUAUAAACGCAGUGUUAAAAUGGUAGAACGGUCUUCACCCUCUAUCAGAAGUUUUAUUGUUAGAAAAAAAUAAAAGUCUUGCUCCAAAAAUUCUUAUAUAUUAUUUAACAAUGUGGUUAUCUGUACUGAUAAUAUGCCUACUCUUCCUUAGAAGCUUAAAUGACGAUGGCUUGACACAAGUCUAAAUGACCUAAAGGAAGUUUAGAGGUAGUAGAAUGCUUCCAUGUCUAUAGAGCAGUAUAAGCUAGGUAUGGGCCAGUAUAGGCAGUCCAUCCACAGAGCAAUAUAGGCCAGGGGAUGGGAAGGUUAAGAAAAGGCCAGUAUGAAAGUGUAAAUUAAGACAAUCUGAAAUGGUUAGAAAUGUAAAGUUAGUGGCAAAGUGCCUCUGAUAUUUGAAAGUGACACCUGGCUUUUACGUUAUCCAGGUGGAUUUCUACUGAGAGUUUUUCUUAGAGAUGUAACCUAUCGAUGGCUAAGCGCAGUAUUAUAGAUGAACACAUUUUCACAGGCUUGACAUUCACAGCGAGUGACAAAGACUUUAUGCCAUUUCACUUAUUUGUCUUAAAUGUCAGCUCUCAACAGUUUGUGUUAACUGUAUAUUGAGGUGUUUGAUUACAUUCCCCAUGAGUAUUUAAAUCCCGUGACAGUAGUGGACUGUUUCACAUGGAAUAAUUUAUAUUAACCUACAUUUGUGUUGGAUCACCAAAGCCUGUAAACAGAGUAAAGAAGACACACUUAUUUUUGACAUUUGUUUUAUUGUUUCAUGAAAGGAUACUUCUUUCUGUUAAUAAUAAAUAUAACUUUCCUGA